UACAGUAGGUGGCGGUAGUUUCGAUCCUCCUUUAAAUAGAAGAAGAAGAAGAAGAAUCUCUUUACUCGCAUGCGUACACAACGUACUGUUUUACUGACCGGAAACUGCGUCACUCAUCAAAUACAGUUUGUUUUUAACUGCAGAUCAAUAUUAGACGCCGAUAAGAUCAAAGCUGAGAGUCGAGACAGACACAGGUCCCCACAUAACAUCACAUUCCCCUGGGCCUGGAAUUGGCUGGUUUCAGUCUGAAGCUGACCAAAAUGAUUGUCCUUGUAUUACGGGGACUCUGAUGGAGGUCUUUAAAAUUGGAGCAGUGUGCUGAGUGUCAGGCAUUUGAGUACUCUGUAUAAAAGAGCAGUCUUGCUGGUUACAUCAUCAGCAUAUGUGAUGGCCAGAGUGUUGAGGUCCCACCCCUCUGAUGAGGCACAUCCAUACAUUGUCACCUGGAUUGCUUUAUGCCUUUGAAAUAUAGAUAGGUGUGAGGCUAUCCAGACGUCAGAAUUUGUGAUUGGAUUAGCCGUUCUCAGACUAUUGGCCUCUCAGUGUGCCAUUCAGCCCUUUGUUUGGCUUAGACACUUUCACACAUUCCACUUUGCACCUCCAGGAAAAAUCUUGGGUUGUUGUUGAACAGACCUGAUGGAAAUCAAUAAAGUGGAGGAGAAUCAUCAUCACUCAGACACUGAACAGAACCGAAGAGGAGCUGAAAUAUCUUCAUACCCUGUGUAUGAAAAGAGUUUCACAUGUAAAGAAAAUCUAAUGAAUCACAAUACUGUUCACACUGUAGAGAAGCUGCACACAUGUGAUCAGUGUGGGAAGAGUUUCUCACAAAAAUCAAAUCUUACGAAGCACGCGAAAAUUCAUACUGGUGUGAAGCCGCACACAUGUGAUCAGUGUGGAAAGAGUUUCACACAAAAAUCAAAUCUUACAAAGCAUGUGAAAAUUCAUACUGGAGAGAAGCCGCACACAUGUGAUCAGUGUGGAAAGAGUUUUACACAUAAAGAUUACCUUACGAGACACAUGACAGUUCACACUGGGGAGAAACCGCACACAUGUCAUCAGUGUGGAAAGAGUUUUAAAAAUAAAGCAAAACUUCCGAAUCACAUGAGAAUCCAUUCUGGAGAGAAACCGCACACAUGUAAUCUGUGUGGAAAGAGUUUCAUACGAAAGGAAUCACUUACAUAUCACAUGAGAAUCCACACUGGAGAGAAGCCGUACACAUGUGAUCAGUGUGGAAAGAGUUUCACUGUUAGAGCAAACUUUAAGACUCACAUGAAGGUUCACACUGGAGAGAAGCCUUACACAUGUGAUCAAUGUGGAAAAAGUUUUGCACAGCUGAACGAUUUAAAAAAUCACCAGAAUAUGCACAGCGGUGUGAAAAAUUAUGUGUGCUUUGAGUGUGCAAAGUCUUUUACUACAGGCAGUGAAUUGAAACAGCACCAAAGAAUUCACACUGGAGAAAAACCUUACAAGUGUUCACACUGUGACAAGACAUUCACUAAUUCAGGACACUUGAAAACACAUGAGAGAAUCCACACUGGAGAGAAGCCGUAUAACUGCCAUCCAUGUGGGAAAAGUUUCAUCCAAAUUGGUAAUCUACAGAGGCAUAUGAAAAGCCAUCAUCCAAAGUCUUCAUAUGGAGAUGAAGAUAAAGGUGUGACUGCGAAUGGAGACCUGAUGGAAGUCAAUAAAUUGGAGGAGAAUCAUCAUCAUCACUCAGACACUGAAGACAACCAAAGAGAAGCUGAAAAAUCUUCAUACUCUGUGUAUGAAAAGAGUUUCACACGUAAAGAAAAUCACAAGACAGUUCACACUGGAGAGAAGCUGCACACAUGUGAUCAGUGUGGAAAGAGUUUCAUACGAAAAGCGAGACUUCAGAAUCACAUGAAAAUCCACACUGGAGAGAAACCGUACACAUGUAAUCUGUGUGGAAAGGGUUUCAUACGAAAAGAAUCCCUUACAAGGCACGUGAGAAUCCACACUGGAGAGAAGCCGUACACAUGUGAUCAGUGUGGAAAGAGUUUCAAUGAUAAAGGAAACUUUAAGUGUCACAUGAGGGUUCACACUGGAGAGAAGCCUUACACAUGUGAUCAAUGUGGAAAACGUUUUGCACAUCUAAACGAUUGUAAAAAGCACCAGAAUAUGCACAGCGGUGUGAAAAAUUAUGUGUGCUUUGAGUGUGCAAAGACUUUUAGUACAAGUGGCCUAUUGAAACAGCACCAAAGAAUUCACACCGGAGAAAAACCUUACAAGUGUUCACACUGUGACAAGAGAUUCACUCUCUUGGUUACCCAGAAAACACAUGAGAGAAUUCACACUGGAGAAAAACCUUAUAAGUGUUCACACUGUGACAAGAGAUUCACUAUGUCAGGAUCCCUGAAAAGACAUGAGAGGAUCCAUACUGGAGAGAAGCCGUACCACUGCCCUCCAUGUGGGAAGAGUUUCACCUGUAUUAGUAAUCGAAAUGUUCAUAUGAAAAGGAUUAUGCACUGGGCUCGACGCAUUGAACAGGAGAUUGACAGAGUCCUGCAGCACAUCAGUGGAGCUCAACAACUCAAGGGGAUCUACAAUGAGAAGAGGAGACAGUUCAGUGUGGUCAGAAAUAACCCACGAGACAUCGUAGAGAAAGUCGCAACAGACAUCGAGAGACUGCUGGCCAAGAAACGCAAAGCUCUCGAGAAACUGGCGAGUGAAGCGGAGCGUCUGCAGAAAGAUCAUCGCUGGCAAGAUGGAAUCAAGGAGGAGAAUAUUGAAUAUUAUAACUCUAAAGCAGAGAUGGACUAUGAUGGCGAAGACAUUGAUUCUCAGAUGUCGCUGAAGUUGGAUUUCGUUUACGACCCAAACUUCAAAAACCAUGUGAAUUACUCUCAUACGGCAGUACAGAUCCCAACGGACAUCUAUAAAGGAGCUCCAGUGAUUCUGAACGAGCUGAACUGGACUCAAGCGCUAGAGAGAGUUUUUAUGGAGAACAGUAGAGACGACCCGUCGCUGCUCUGGCAAGCGUUUGGGAGUGCCACAGGAGUCACGAGAUAUUACCCAGCGGCUCCAUGGAGAGCGCCAGAUAAGAUUGACCUUUACGAUGUACGACGGAGACCCUGGUACAUUCAAGGAGCGUCGUCACCUAAAGACAUGGUCAUCCUCGUAGACGUGAGCGGCAGUGUUAGCGGUCUCACUCUGAAACUGAUCAAAGCUUCAGUCACCGAGAUGCUCGACACACUUUCUGACGAUGAUUACGUCAACGUCGCCAGGUUUAAUGAGAAGGCGGAGGCGGUGGUGCCGUGUUUUAAGCACCUGGUUCAGGCAAACGUUCGCAAUAAGAAGAUCUUUAAAGAGGCCGUCCAGCAGAUGCAAGCCAAAGGAACCACAGAUUAUAAAUCAGGCUUUCAUUUCGCCUUCAACCAGCUGCUCAACAAGACGAAUGUUCCUCGAGCGAACUGUAAUAAAAUAAUCAUGUUGUUUACUGACGGAGGAGAAGAUCGAGCUCAGGACAUCUUUGAACAGUACAACUGGCCCAAUAAAACGGUCCGUGUCUUCACGUUCUCUGUUGGGCAGCACAAUUAUGAUGUCACUCCGCUGCAGUGGAUCGCAUGUGCUAAUAAGGGAUACUAUUUUGAGAUCCGCUCCAUCUGUGCGAUACGAAUUAACACCCAGGAAUAUCUGGACGUGUUGGGUCGACCGAUGGUUCUGGCGGGCAGGAGUGCUAAACAGGUUCAAUGGACGAACGUCUAUCAGGAUGCUCUGGGUCUUGGUCUGGUGGUGACCGGCACGAUGCCUGUGUUUAAUCUCACAGUCGAUGGAAACUCUCAGAAUCAGCUGAUUCUCGGUGUGAUGGGGGUUGAUGUUCAUCUGGACGAGCUGAAGAGACUCACACCACAAUACAAGCUGGGAGCUAACGGAUACAUCUUUGCCAUUGACCCAAAUGGAUACGUGCUGUUGCAUCCAAACCUGCAGCCUCAGGAGGAGGAUCUGCCUGAACCAGUAACUCUGGACUUCCUGGAUGCAGAAGUUGAAGACAGCAGCAAACAAGAUAUUCGACGGCAAAUGAUCGAUGGCAGAUCGGGUGAUAUGACCAUCAAAACUCUAAUUAAAUCAGUGGACGAGCGCUACAUUGAUGAAGUUGUACGGAUGUAUGCGUGGACUCCCAUUAAUGACACAGACUACAGUCUGGGACUGGUACUGCCACCGUACAGUGAAUAUUACAUCCAGGCUGAUCUCAGUGAUGUCAUGCUACAACUGCAGUAUUUACAGUCUCUGCUGCCAAACUCUUUUGAGUCUGCAGGUCAUGUGUUUCUAGCUCCCAGAGAAUACUGCAAGCGUCUGCAGAUGGCGAAGAAUAACACACAGUUUCUGGCUGAUUUUCUGUCUCUGAUGGUGGAGAUCACACCUGAAUCUGAAGACUGUGAUCAUGGUCUGAUUCAUAAUCUGAUUCUGGACUCUGGGAUCCUCUGGCAGCUCGCCACACGCAUCUGGCAGAAUAAAGAUCUGAAUACGUAUGGAUUUCUGGCACUGUUUGCGUCCACCAAUGGAGGCGUCACACGCGUUUACCCCAAUAUGGCUGCUGAAUCAUGGGAUGAAGACGUUGAGCCUCUGAAUUCAAACUUCUAUCGUCGCAGUCUGGAUAAUAAGGGUUACAUGUUCAGAGCGCCGACACGAACUUCGAUAGAUGAUCCGUUGAUCUCUGAAAACGGAACGGUGGGAAUUCUCGUCACCACCGCUGUGGAGGUCACAAUAGGAGGAAAAACCAUGAAACCUGCAGUUGUUGGUGUUAAACUGGAUUUAGAGGCGUGGGUCGACAAGUUUAAGAUCCUCGCCAGUAACGUCUCGGACAGCAGACAGUCCUCACAUAAGUGUGGCCCGUCCAGAUCCUGUGAGAUGGACUGUGAAGUGAACAGUGACGAUUUACUCUGUUAUCUGAUUGAUGAUGGUGGAUUUCUGGUGAUGUCCAAUCAGAGAGAUCACUGGAAGAAAGUGGGUCUGUUCUUCGGUGAGGUGGACCCGUAUCUGAUGUUCGCCCUCUAUAACAAUUCAAUCUACGCUCGACAUCAGACUUUUCAGUACCAGACUACAUGUGAACCGACGGCCAGCAGCCACACAGGAGCCGCACACAGACGAUUCUAUGUGCCUUCCAUUGCUGAUUUUGUCAGUCUGGCGUGGUGGACAUCAGCAGCGGCGUGGUCUGUUUUGCAGCAGAUCUUGUAUGGACUCAUCUACAGCAGCUGGUUCACCAAAGAUGUGUUUGCAGAGAGUUUUUCUGACAGUAAAGAAAGCAGCAGCAGUUGUGUGACGGUUCACAGUCAGUUUUAUUUCACCAACACCACUAACUCAUUCAACGUACUACAGGACUGCGGAAACUGUUCCAGGUUGUUUCAUGCCAAGCGUAUUGAGAACACAAAUCUCUUGUUUGUGGUGGCCGAGACUCUGCCUUGCAGCUCCUGUGAGAUUGAGAAACUACUUCCUGUCAGAACAAAGUCUCAAGAAGAGAACCCAUGUGAGGUGUUGAAUUCUGCUCGCUACAGGAAAGGACCUGACAAAUGCUUCGACUACAAUGCUGAGGAAAACACAUCAGAGUGUGGUGGCGCUCUCUCUUUGCACUGUCCAAUCAGAUUCCUUCUCUGGAUUCAGUUAACGAUGUUUUACCUCAUUCUACGAUCUUAAUCUCAGUCUUACUGGCUCUGUGUGUCUCAUCCGUGUGACGCUCCGGUUCUCUCCUGAUAUAUUCCUGGUUUUCCUGCUCUCCGAUUCAUCAUCAGGUGCAUUCCAGCUGUGUGCCAUUACAGAGCAGAGCAUGAUGGGAAGAUCGUGUCUUAGUAACACAGACAUUGUGCAGUUCCAGAACACCAAAACUGUCUUCAAUCGUUUCAUCGAAAAAAAUCUACAUUUCUGCUGCCGUAAAUUGUGUUUGCUUGCCAAAUCCUAAAACAGGAAAGGACCUGGUUUGUUUUAAAACACGUAAAAAACAGCAAAGAUUUGAUGCUUAUUAUCUUAAUCUCGCUUCGUGUGUUUAUUUUUGUCUUGCUUCACUCUGGAUUUCGUGCCAAACCCAGACAUUGCGUGGAUGCUAAAUUACUGGGGACGUGCAACUUUUGUUUUCACACGAUUUUUGAAGCUUCCUUGCCAAGAGAGAAUGCUGUUUCAUUGCUGACUGCUUUGUUUAGUGAUUUUAUUUUGUUUUAGCAUUUUGUAGAAUGUUUCAAGGGCAUAUAUUGUGUUUAAAUAUCGCUGCCUGGUUUGUUACCCAACAGUGCCUUGGCGCACUUGUCCGAAUGGACCAACAAUAGCACUGGAUGUGUAUGUGACUGACCCUGAGAGAAUGCUUGAAAAAGACACGGUACUGAAUGAUACGAUAAUGAAUGUUCGCUUGAAAUGUCUUUGGUUUACAGUAUAAGGCUGAAUGACACCAAACCUGUCAAGAAAUAUUUCGUAUUUCAUCCCUAAAUCAAAGAACAAAAUAAGAAAUCAUAUUUUGCAAAACAGAAAUGAAGCCUGUUUUUAGGACAAUAAAGAUUUUUUGCAUUGUGACAUUAUUUAUGUGACAAUUAUAGGAAUGUUCCAGGUUCAAUUCAAUUUAAGCUCAACUAAAAAUUAUUUCUACUCGCUUAAGUAUUUGGGGCAAAUAUAUAAACGUUAAAAUUAGUGAUGCACCAAUACCACUUUUUUCUCUUCCGAUUCCGAUAUCUGAAAUCUCCGUAUUGUCCGAUCCAGAUCCGAUACCAGUGUUGUUGUUUUUUUGCAUAAUCAGUUUCUUUAUAUCUUUACAUUAUUGUGUGGAACUAAUUGGGAAUACUCUGUAAUAUGUAAAGAAACACAAACCUCUAACUACACUUUAGAAGAAAAACUUUAUUGUUAAAUAGUCUACUGGAUAAUGUAGCAAUUCAGUUGUAAGAUAUCAGUUCACUUUUAGAAUUUUAAAUACAAACGUAAUAUUUCUCAGUCAUGCACCUUUAACUUUAAAACCCUCAGGCUUUUAUUUAGAAAUUCUGAACUCUCCAGGAAGUCCUGUAUGUGUCAGUUUGUUGGCAAGUUCACAGUAUUUUAAUUCACUCCUUAUUAAAAUUCUGGUAAAAUGCUCCUCCAGUGCCGUUCUAAAUGCAUAUUAUAAGUGAACCGAACUAUUGAGCAUCUACAUCUGAGAUGUUGUUCGUGAGUAGCGCUCAAAUAUUGUGCACUGCGUGAAGGCUAAAAAUAGCCACGAGUGUGCAUAUGUGUCAAUAGAGCCGCAUCAUUCACUAACGCGCUGGAGCUGCGAGUGCAUUUUAUAUAUUUACAUAUUAAACAGCCUUUUGUGAUUCACAGAACUAUCGCACAUCUUCAAGUGGCUUUGAAUAAAAUGCACAAGUCAUAUGAACUACUUUAACGGUGUUUUUAUGGUUCUUUUAUGUCAUUUUUGGAGCUUAACAGUAACGAACAUGACUAACACACAGUAUCGGAUUUGGAUCGGGCUCGUCGGAGCGAUACCCGAUCCAUCUAAAAACGUCAGUAUCGGAGGCGAUACCGAUCCAGAUAUCGGAUCCGUGCCAUCCCUAGUUAAAAUACACAUCAUUUCAAAAGUAUAGCCACAAGACGUAAACAUUAUACAUGUUAACAUGAAUUUAGUGUGAUAUAAUAUGUAAUUUUCCUGCGUAACAAUGUACACCAGAUUACAGGAUUUACUAACACUAUGUCGUCAUAAAUACUAAAUUGUAUUAUUGGAUAUAACUUUACACCGGUAUGGUUAGUAAGCAAUUUUAUCACACUAAAAUUGUGUUAACACAUAUCAUGUUUAUGUCUUGUGGCUAUACUUUUGAAAAGAUGUGUAUUUUAAUGUUUAUGGAGUGGCCCCAAUCACUUCCAUUGUGAGUGUCUUACCGUAACUGCAACUUUUGCUUUUUUGUUAUUAAUUUUUUUUAUAAAAAAUCGUUAUAUUACAGUGUGUGUGUUUUUUUUUUAAGUAUAAUUUUAUUUGUAAAAAAUAUCAUAAGGCAAAAAAAAAAAAAAGUGAUGGUUGUAAUGUACGCUCCAUUUUCUUUACGCAAAAAUUUAAUUUCAUAUUAUUUGUAUUGAUUUUUAGGUGAAAUAUUACCUGGACAUUUUUUCGCAAGAUUCACUCAAGCACGUCCUUUGACGUCGAGUAUUGGUUUUACUAUACAUGUUCUACUGAUUCUGUCUAUACAAAGACACUAUUUGUCUAAUUGUUUUAUCUUUUUAUGUAAAUAUGACUACUCCACAUGGAGUUGAAUUACUUCAGUGUGUUUUAAUGAAAUGGAUUGCAAGACGAUUCGCCGUACUGCUGCAUGCUGGGAAAAAUGAAACAAGAUACGAGCGUUUAUAGCUGUUUGACCAAGAUGCAAUGACUUUAUCUGUUUAUUAAGUCCAUAGAUGUUAUCAAAAUAAUUUUAUUUAAUUAUUUAAUUUGAUUUGAAAGAUGGUAUGUAUAUUGCUUGCGAAAUGUACCAAAUGUAGAUUUUGAGCUUUCUUGCUUAAGUUUGAUGGAAAUAUUUAGGAUUUUAUCGCAGAUGUUUUGUUGCUUUUUGGUGAUAUAAACAUUUUAAAGGUCCAUUCGGAAAAAGUUACAUUACCAGUUAAAAGUUUAGACACAACUACUCAUUUUUUAGUAUUGAUAUUUUUCACAUUUUAAUAGUUAAGUCAUCAAAAACACAAAUGAAACACUGAGAAUUAUGACCAAAUAAUGUUAACCAAAUGAAGAUUUUCCUCUUCAAUUUAUCCUUUGAAAAAUACAAUUUUACUUGUGUAAAGAAAUUCAUACAUAGGCAAAAUGUAUAUUUGUCUACAAAACUAAUUUCAAGCAUUUAAGCACAAAUUGAUCUAAGGGUUUUUAAACUUAGCGAAAAGCAUUUGGUUGGUGUUGGUUUUUCGAAAAAUGUAUUGUAGGUAUUUCGCUUGAUAAUUUGACCAUGCUUCCAAAUCAAACUGGACCAAGAUUUUUAAAACAAUGUUCUCGUUUAGUAUCGAGCUCUGAAUUGGACUAAAAGAGUUUCACGUGAUGUGUUUUGUUGUGUAUCGUAAUGGCUUGAGCAAUACUUUUAAUUAUGUCGAUUACAUUGAAAUUCAACGAGCACACCUGCUAUUGUCUUAAGAAAGAGCAUGAAAUCAGUAUUUGAGCCACUUUCAUUUGAUGACUUUGGUUUAAGCUUGUCUUUGAAUAUUGGCUUAAUGUUUGUAUAUUAUGAGCUAUGAGCAUUUUAAAAGUAUUAUUUUAUGCGAUUAAGAGUAUUUAUACUAUUGUCUGUAUGUAAACAGCUCUGUGUUACACUGAAUUUUAAUGAUGUGUAGGAAUGUUUUAAUUAUUUUUCGUUUUUCAUUCUGUUGUUCUGCGGAUGUUUUGUUAACAAUGUGAAAGGGGUUUUCCUCCUUUCGACAGUCUUCCAUAUCACGCCAUUUUGUACAGAUGGCACAGAUCUAUCAAGAAAGCCUAACUUUGUAUCAUACUGUGUCAUUCACUUCUGGAAAAUGUUUAUAAGAGAAUUGGUGAGAUAAAGACAUUCAUAUUUUA